AUGUCCUCCACCCCUCUGGCCGAGGCAGAAGAAAAUGUGUUUGACUUGACCGAGGUGGUGCCUGAGACAGAGCGACUGGACAGCAGCCUCCAAAAAGCUAAAGCACAACUGACCGUCAAAACCAGGAGGCACCGCCCCUCCAGGUCCCGUCUCCGAGACAGUCUGAGCUCCACGGAGGGAGAAGACAGUCUUGACGCAAAGAGCUACAGUGGCUUACUGCCCGGUUCUUCCUCUCCUCUCUACCCCUCAAUUUAUUGCUCCUCCCCUUUUUGUGACCUCCACCCCUCCUCCUCUCCCGCCCGGAGGGAUCGAGCCUUCACUUUUGACCCUUGCCCUGGCACAGCAGACAGCGAGAAGAACGAGCCCAGACGAAGGGCUUUGCUGAACACCUCCUCCCCGGCCAACCUGCACCAAAAAGACCACGCCCAGCUGCGUCAGGAGCACCACGUCGACCUGCCACAGGAUAAACCUGUCAAUCAGCAGCAAGAAAACCACACUGACCUGCCCAAGAGUAAGAGGGAUGCUGUCGAAACCGAGGACACGGACCAGGUACAGCUGUGCAAGAAGGACCACGAUGAGCCGUGCAAGGAGGAGGACCACGUUCAAGUACGGAAAAGAGACCAGGUACACCCACGCGGAAAGGACCACGUCCAGCUGCAUGAGGAGAACCACAGUUCUCUGCUGCAGGAGGACCAUCUCCAAAAAGCGAAAAGGGACCUUGUACAUCCACGCAAAAAGGAGCAUCGUGAGCAGCUGCAGGAGGAGAACCACUGUCUCCUGCGCCAGAGAGAGCACUCUCAGAGUGAAGAUGACAGUCAUGAUGUUGGAUCAGAUGAGCCAAGCAGCCCAACAGUUCUGCUGGACAAGAAGACCAGGAGGCGCUUCCUCGAUUUGGGGGUUACGUUGUGGCGGACUUAUGGGAGGGUCAGGAAGGAGCGAGCCAGUCGACACUCAGCAGAAAAUCGGCCGGAGACAGCAGAGACAGCAGAGAGCCGAACCCCACGUACCUCCGGUCCCCCGUUUGUAUCUUUCUCCUGGUUCAGUGAGAGAAUAAGGGGCUCCGGUUCUCCAAAACACUCCAGCCAAUCCCCAGCCAAAUCACACUCAGAGGACGAAGAGUUAAAAACCAAAAGCAGGUCCAGCAAGAAAGAAUCUUCACAGCCAUAUCAAAGCCUUUCUGAUCUCUCAGAUGAGGGAUGCGAUGAUCAUGCUGAACCCUGUCUUAUAAGAAAGAAGCCCAUCCUGCGAUUUUCAUCAAGUGGAAGAGACAGAAUGGAGAAGCAGAACGGCAUUCAAAGAGACAAAAAAGACAACGGGCAUGAUGGAGACGGCCAAAAACUACUCACCACUCUGUCACAGAGCAAAAACUAUGAAUGAUUUAUAUUUAAUUACAUGAUUUAUAUUUAAUUGUUCGAUAAUAAUGAAGAAAUAUCUGGAGACAUGAUAAAACUUAAUUAAGCAAUGUGAACAAAUACAUUAAAAGACAAAGAAAGAAACAGAGUCACAGAGCCAGACUGGCUGGUUUACAUUCCUUCUGCUGUUAACAAAAGGCCUGCACUUAACUCCCAUUUUACUGCUCACAACUGAAAAAAUGGCAGACUCCCUUGUUAUAUAGUUAGCAUAUUAUGAUACUGGUUGUGGAGGAAAACACAAUUUGCUCCUGUAUUUCACCUUGUAAUCACUAGAGCCAAAUAUUCACCCCAUGUAACUUUAAGGAUGGACAGAUGACAUUCUGUCUCAUAGUUUUUAUGAUUGUAUAUAUUGCAGGAAUUAUUGUAAUUGUAUGGAUUUUGCAUCUGUAUGA